AUGCAGGGUUCUGAGGAGGUGCGUGCGAGCGUGCCCAUGAUGGUGAUGAUGGCUGGAGACCCUCGGGCACAGUGGACCAGUGCAGAGCUGUUGGUUCAGUCGUGGCUGCCUCUCACUGCGGAUCACUGCGGAUCACUGUCAGAAGCCCCAUCGCAUAAGACAUCAUCUGGUCUCAAGAGGAGGAGCGUGGCCCUGAAGAGGCACAGCAUGGGGUUUUGA